ACUUCCGGUCCGCCCUGUGCUCGUGAUAUCCGUUCCGCUCUUUUCCUGACCUCGGGAGCUGACACUCUAUUUCACCAGCUUGCCAUACCGAGACCGGCAGAGAGAUAGCGGGUAGGAUAUCAGGGACAUCAUCAUCAUCAUUAUAAUAAAAGGUCUUAUUAUUAUUAUUAUUAGUAUUGUUGUACCCUGGGUAUAUCAUCACAUAGACUCACAGUCUGAGCCCAGGAUUCAUUAGCUGUGUAUUAUAAGAUCAGCACAACAUAAAGGGUUAAUUCCCUGCCAUAUUCCCUUUAUAAUAGGACCAGAAAUGCCCUGUGUGGGAUAAGCUGAUUCCAUCCAUAUGGGACAACAUUCUAAAACUGGAAGUCACCAUGGAAACCAGUAUAAUGUGCUGCUGGCAACAUGUUUAGAACUUUACCCCAGACACAGCCCUCAAUGUAUUCUAUAAUAUUACCAUUCCUACACACAGCCCUCAAUGUAUUCUAUAAUAUUACCAUUCCUACACACAGCCCUCAAUGUAUUCUAUAAUAUCACCAUUCCUACACACAGCCCUCAAUGUAUUCUAUAAUAUCACCAUUCCUACACACAGCCCUCAAUGUAUUCUAUAAUAUCACCAUUCCUACACACAGCCCUCAAUGUAUUCUAUAAUAUUACCAUUCCUACACACAGCCCUCAAUGUAUUCUAUAAUAUUACCAUUCCUACACACACCCCUUUAAUGUAUUCUAUAAUAUCACCAUUCCUACACACAGCCCUCAAUGUAUUCUAUGAUAUUACCAUUCCUACACACAGCCCUCAAUGUAUUCUAUAAUAUUACCAUUCCUACACACAGCCCUCAAUGUAUUCUAUAAUAUUACCAUUCCUACACACAGCCCUCAAUGUAUUCUAUAAUAUUACCAUUCCUACACACAGCCCUCAAUGUAUUCUAUAAUAUUACCAUUCCUACACACAGCCCUCAAUGUAUUCUAUAAUAUUACCAUUCCUACACACAGCCCUCAAUGUAUUCUAUAAUAUUACCAUUCCUACACACAGCCCUCAAUGUAUUCUAUAAUAUUACCAUUCCUACACACAGCCCUCAAUGUAUUCUAUAAUAUUACCAUUCCUACACACAGCCCUCAAUGUAUUCUAUAAUAUUACCAUUCCUACACACAGCCCUCAAUGUAUUCUAUAAUAUUACCAUUCCUACACACAGCCCUCAAUGUAUUCUAUAAUAUUACCAUUCCUACACACAGCCCUCAAUGUAUUCUAUAAUAUUACCAUUCCUACACACAGCCCUCAAUGUAUUCUAUAAUAUUACCAUUCCUACACACAGCCACUCAAUGUAUUCCUAUAAUAUUACCAUUCCUACACCCAGCCCUCAAUGCUUAUUCUAUAAUAUUACCAUUCCACACUGGCCUCAAUGUAUUCUAUAAUAUUGUACCAUUUCCUACCACACAGCCCCUCAAUGUAUUCUACUCGUAAGCCACCAUUCCACCACACAUAGCCCUCAAUGUAUUCUAUAUCACGUACCAGUCCACCACAUACAGCCCAUCAAUGUAUUCUAUAAUAUCCCACCAUUCUACACACAGCCCUCGAUGUAUUCUAUAAUACCAUUCUACACACAGCCCUCAAUUGUAUUCUAUAAUAUUACCAUUCCCUACACACAGCCCUCAAUGUAUUCUAUAGUAUUACCAUUCCUACACACAGCCCUCAAUGUAUUCUAUACUAUUACCAUUCCUACACACAGCCCUCAAUGUAUUCUAUAAUAUUACCAUUCCUACACACAGCCCUCAAUGUAUUCUAUAAUAUUACCAUUCCUACACACAGCCCUCAAUGUAUUCUAUAAUAUCACCAUUCCUACACACAGCCCUCAAUGUAUUCUAUAAUAUUACCAUUCCCCAUUCCCUACACACAGCCCUCAAUGUAUUCUAUAAUAUUACCAUUCCUACACACAGCCCUCAAUGUAUUCUAUAAUAUUACCAUUCCUACAUACAGCCCUCAAUGUAUUCUAUAAUAUCCAUUCCUACACACAGCCCUCAAUCCAUUCCUACACACAGCCCUCAAUGUAUUCUAUAAUAUUACCAUUCCUACACGCAGCCCUCAAUGUAUUCUAUAAUAUUACCAUUCCUACACACAGCCCUCAAUGUAUUCUAUAAUAUUACCAUUCCUACACACAGCCCUCAAUGUAUUCUAUAAUAUUACCAUUCCUACACACAGCCCUCAAUGUAUUCUAUAAUAUUACCAUUCCUACAUACAGCCCUCAAUGUAUUCUAUAAUAUUACCAUUCCUACACACAGCCCUCAAUGUAUUCUAUAAUAUUACCAUUCCUACACACAGCCCUCAAUGUAUUCUAUAAUAUUACCAUUCCUACACACAGCCCUCAAUGUAUUCUAUAAUAUUACCAUUCCUACACACAGCCCUCAAUGUAUUCUAUAAUAUUACCAUUCCUACACACAGCCCUCAAUGUAUUCUAUAAUAUUACCAUUCCUACACACACCCCUUUAAUGUAUUCUAUAAUAUCACCAUUCCUACACACAGCCCUCAAUGUAUUCUAUAAUAUUACCAUUCCUACACACAGCCCUCAAUGUAUUCUAUAAUAUUACCAUUCCUACACACAGCCCUCAAUGUAUUCUAUAAUAUUACCAUUCCUACACACAGCCCUCAAUGUAUUCUAUAAUAUUACCAUUCCUACACACAGCCCUCAAUGUAUUCUAUAAUAUUACCAUUCCUACACACAGCCCUCAAUGUAUUCUAUAAUAUCACCAUUCCUACACACAGCCCUCAAUGUAUUCUAUAAUAUUACCAUUCCUACACACAGCCCUCAAUGUAUUCUAUAAUAUCACCAUUCCUACACACAGCCCUCAACGUAUCCUGUAAUAUAUCCACUCCCUAGUAUUAUUUAUAAAGAUUAUUGCCAGAUAAUUUUCACCCAAAAGAUGAGGAUUUACUUUUAUCUACAACUUUUCAUCUUUUGCUGUCUGUGGGUCUGAAACACAGAAUGUCUGUGCCUUUUACAAUGUUACAAUUAUUUUUUCACCUUUGUCAGAUUAUAGAAUUUCUGACAUGGGUUAUACAUAAGCCUGGAAGGUGAUGACUACAGUUAAAGUAGCCUUUCCCAAACCAGUCCCCAACAGUCCAGGUUUUAUCAGUAUCUCCAUUGGAAUAUAACAGGGACAUAUAUAAAUAUCGGAUUGUUGGUGGGCCAUGAGGACUGGUUUGUGAAGCAGUGGUUUAAAGGAUUGGGAGCUGUGGAAGAUAAAAAAAAAAACAGGCUUGUAUAGGCUUGUUGUCUGUGCUAGUCUCAAGGGCACUAAAUUGUAUCAAGCUUUGGACAUUUCCUGAUAGUAUACAGGGGGCACAGAGAUGGGUCUCUAAUGAGGAGGUGCUCCCUUUGAAGCAUAUAUGUGAGCUGUUUAUAAUAUUGCUUAUGAUGUCAAUAGGUACAACAUGUCCGUAAGUCCUAUACUGGUAUCAGGAUCGGGUACCCGCUGGCAUUUGGAAUGCUGGUUGACCGUUUUACCCCUUUUAUUGGGGAAUAAACCUUUCUAUUUCAGCAUGGAUUCCAAUGCAUUUUACAUAUAUUGAUUUGGUCAUGGAGUAAGUAUUGCUGGUAAUAAUCAAUACAGGAACUUGGAUCAGUUGUGGUAGUUUGUUUGUCCUUUUCAUGUCUGAUAUUUCAUGGCUGGUGCUAUUGUAGGUCUUGGUGAUAUUUGUAGUUUCCCCAAAAUUGAGUAAAUUGUUACAUGUCCUCUCCUCAGGCGCUCUGGAUGGAAGCCCGCUAAAGAAUGUUCCGGAAGGGGAAAAAAAGGCACAGCAGCAGCAGCUCCCAGAGCAGUGAAAUAAGCACAAAGAGUAAGGUUUGUAUCCUGAGGCCGCGGCUCCAUUUUGUAGCAAUAAAUCAGUUGGCAGAUGCAAAAAAGAGCUGGUUAGUAAAUAGCGCACUCUGUUGAAUAAAACGAGUGGCUAUUUUCAUUUCAUGCUCACGGAAAAUGAGUGAGCUAUCCUUUGCUCUGGCAUAUAUAUGUGAUAACAAAUGUAUCUUCCUUGAUAUUUUCUACAUUUACACUUACAUCUUUUAUUCAUAGUUUUUAAACUGAAUUCUACAUUUUAAAAGUUUUUAUCAUCAACCUCAGCCACAGCUUUAAAUUAUAUAAAUUUUUUGGUGUGUUUUCACAUGUUUCAUUUUCAUGGGGAAUGUCACAGAUUGUGUCCCAUUAUUCUAAAGACCCCAUAUUUUACAGUAACCCACAUUUAUAUCUUUGUCAGGUAUGUCAGGGACUUGUAGAGUCAGAUAACUGACAUGCCUUCAUUUUGACCUUACUCUUUGCUUGCUUCCCAGAGAUGCUAUUUAGUUUAGUGACACCAUUUGAGUCACUAUACUGAUCAGCGUAAAAAUAAAUGAUGCCGCACUGUUACAUACAGACCUAGGUGCUUCAGACCUGGGGCUGGCAAACCCAGUAUAGUCAUUGAAGAAUUAAAUAUGGUUCAGGCACUCCAGGUCUAUCUUCAAGCAGUUUUAUUGGACCAAGAAAUGCAAAUAUGGUUCUGGAGUGUCUGGACCAUAUUGAUUUCUUUGUUGACUAUACUGAGCAGCAUCACACUUUGACACAAUUCCUAAGAUUAGCUGAAUUUAGGAAGGAAACCUAACCCUAACUAUAGCUAACACCAAAAUUAUCUAACGUUCACACUGGCUAACCCUACACUAACCACUGAGCUCUACUUCAACGCUACAAACCAGACCUCUCUCUAACACUAAAUCAAAACGUAAACCUAAUUCUAACACAGAGAGAUUCCCAUUGUGAGUGCUCUAUACUGUGCACAGCACUUCACUGGUUAUCAUCAGGGAGCCAUGCAGCGAGACCCAAAUGGGAUCUUUUCAGACUGUGAGUUCUCUGUGGCUGUGUACAAUGGUUAACAGUCAGUAUGGUGGUUACUAAAUAUGGGUCUCGCUCUGUCAUUUUUGUCAGUUGCAUUGGGGGCACAGCAUGUAUUGCCUAUGUUGACAUUUUGCAUGUUUUAUUUAAUUUUAGUCUGUAGAUUCCAGCCUUGGGGGACUUUCAAGAUCAAGCACCGUGGCUAGCCUAGACACAGACUCUGCCAAAAGCUUUGGUAAGGACCUUCUCAUACUUCCCUGAUCAGUAUCUAAAUGCCUCCUCCCUUGAAUACUGGAAAUUAUGGAGCACAAUGUGUGCAUGAGAAACCAACAAUCUCACAGAUACAGUGUGGCCUCUCCCAGACAUUAUCCAACAUCUGUUAUACAUCCAGGCAGGAGUAUUGGAUUACCUAUCACUUCUGGGAGAACCUUCUAAAAGGAUCCAAAUAUUCCAAGGUGUUCGCAUCUUCACAAAGUUUUAUAUUGUUGUCGUAAACACGGCUUUCGUGUUUCAAAGUGAUUUAUAAACAAGGAUACGUUUGUUUUAGAAAUAAAAAAUAGAAAUACUGUGUAACUUUCUAAAAUAUUAUUUUUCUUUUUAUUAUUGAAAAAAGCAGCAACUAUUUUUCCUUUUGAAUCGGUGUAUUCAUUUAAUUUAUCAGAUUAGUGUAUUUUUCAUGUGAUAUAAAUAAAUAAGAGCACCUUUAGAAUAAAAACUAAAUAAAUGUAAACACACCAGAUUGGCCAUACCAAGUUCCUGUUUUGUUGUGUGUACUGUGCCUUUAAGAUCUUGCUGUCAGCUUUGCUGAUCUCACUGUAUGAUGUGACUAGAACACAGGAAGCAACCAUCCGUUUCUAGACCACUAGCAGAGUGCGGUGCAGAGCUAAUACUAGAUUAUCGGAGUAUCACCAACAUGCAAGUAAAGCAAGCUGCAAAGGACAAGGCAUUGUCAUUGCAGAAGAGAGGUACAGGAGGAUGAUUAGCCAGCGCUGGCUGCUGCCCAUGUGUUAUAAAUGUACUUUGUAUUUUAUUUAACAACAGUUCUAUGUGUUAAUUUAACCCUUUUUCUGUUUGAUGUUUGCAGGGCAAGGUGCUGGUAAUUCUGAAGCAAGUUCUGAGUUUAAGGUGAAAUAUGUGGGGUCUAUUGAACGACUGAAGCCCAAUGACUGCAAAACUCUGCAAGGACCAUUGGAUCUGAUCAAUUAUAUCGAUGUAGCACAGGUACUAGGCACGCAGACAGUGUGACAGUAACCCCAACUACUGUGGAAUGUUAUGUAAAGAGGAUCGUUGGGAUGUGCAUCUAUGGAGUUAAGUCUAGAAUCUCUGGAAGUCAGUCUUGUAACUGAUUAAUAAUGCACGAAAAGACAUGUGUUGUGCAAACAAUAGUGAAUCCAUGGCUUCAUUUUAAAGAGGAACUGUAAAAUCUGUAUACGUCUGCUGAAUGUUUCUGGUGUAUGUGUGCUACUAUUUUUGAAUUAUAAUGGAACUUUUUUAUUCUAACUUGAUUUAAAAAUGUUUGUAUGGAGUGGCUCUGUGGGCCUCCCAAAUACGUUUAGUCAAGGCUGUAGUCUGUGUACUCUUGGGGCGAUUUUCUAAUGAUAACAAUUUGUUAUAAAAACUUAACAAAUGAUUUAUCCGCAUUUUAGCCGCGGCUGGUUCUCUUGUUUACCACUAUAAUGUCUUAAAACAUAGAACUCAGCAGGGCUAACCACAACAGCACCUUAAAGUUCGUGGGAAUGUUUGUCGCUAAAUCAUUUGAAAUGUUUUACUAACAGAUUGUGAUCAUUUUAAAAGCUAAUUUCAAGGCCUAAAUGUUGGCUAUGGUUUGCACCUUUUUUAUUCAGCAUGUAUUUUUGACUUGCAUUGUAUUCCUGGCUGUCCUGGCACAGCUAAAGGAUACCAUGCAAUUUAUUUUAACCCCUACUGUGUCGUGUGCGUAGGCACAUACCUGUGUACGACCUCUGGAAAGAAUGCCCAAACAUGAAUGAACCACUUCGGGAGUGUCUUAGGGUGAUGUCUCUCUGGACACAGAACUAUUGUGCUGUUAUGGGAUGCAUUUUGUUUACUUGAACUCACCACACACCCCUGGGUUGAGGGAAUUCAGAUCUGUUACUAGAGAAAUUAAAAUUCUGCUUUAAUGUUUGAAUGUUCACAUUAAACAAAAGAUUCUCCCUCUUCCUACAAGUCUUUUAAAUUUGGGGAGAGGAGUCAGCAGGACUUGAUUUUGAGAUUCUGUUCAAGACAUUUGUCCAUGAUGGUAAAUGAAUUAUGGUAGAUUAAAGCUGAUUUUCCAUCACAGUACAGGUGUUACAGGUGUGAAAGCGUUGCAUGGUCUGGACAGAGAUUGGGUAUGGCUUGGAUUUGACAAGUUAGUGGGGUGCCACGGAGAUGCUGCCUUUUGUAUUUGUUCUAAAUGUAAAUAUGAUGUAAUUUUGUUUAACUUUUGUAUUGUAGCAAGAUGGGAAAUUGCCUUACGUGCCUCCAGAGGAGGAAUUUAACAUGGUCGUCUCAAAAUACGGGAUCAAAGUGGUAACAUCAGAUCAGUAUGUAAGUAACUCUCAUAAAUAAAGAGCAGGAUGCACUCAAAACUGUCCUACACAAUGCAGGAACGCUCAUACAUUAAAGGAACACUAUAGUGUCUGGAACACAAAUAUGUAUUCCUGACAUUAUAGUGCUGAAAUCAAUGCUUAGGUGCCCCGCCCUCUCCGUGGAGAUUAAAAAUUUGAAACCUACCUCUUCUCCUACGCCACACUGGUCUCACUGCGACUGGCCCCGCCUCCAUGGCUGAGAUCAUCAAUCUUGAUGAUCUCAGCCAAUCCAAUGCUUUUCCAUAGCAGCGCUGCCCCAGUCAGCAUCUCCUCUUAUGAGGCAUGUUCAGCAGAGAUGCUGAAUGCCAGUUCUGCACACUAUACAGCACUGACCCAGGAAGGAUCUCUAAUGGUCAUCUGAGUGACUUCCACGAAAGGUGUUACUUUUUGUUAGAGAAAAGGCAGUGUUUACAUUAAAAAGCUUGCAGGGAUAGGCUAUAGACACUAGAACAACUACAUUAAGCUGUGGUGGUACUGGUGACUUUAGUGUUACUUUUAAUUAGGGUUAUUCACUAAACUUCAAACUGUAGCCAACGAAAAUCCAAGUGGCAUAAUCUAGGCUAAAUUAGCGAACAUUGAGAAAAUAUUGAACCCCUCUGUAGCUUUACUUUUUCAAUCUAAACUAUGCCAUUUGGAUUUUCAUUAACUACAAUCUGGAAUUUAGUAAACAACCUUGAAUAUCCGUUCACCAUAUUACAUGAUGUAAAACUAAACAUAAUACUGCAACACUUGUUGAAUAUAUUAGUUCGUUUGAGAAGGUUGAAUAAAUUAGUUAGUUUGUAGUAAUCCUCUAACAAAGAAAACCCAGUAAGAAAAUUAAUAAUCUUUUUGCAUUACCUAAAAAGUAACACAUCAUGGAUCAAAUGGAAAAAAAGUGCCUUGUGUGUUUCGGGCUGUAUCACCCUUAUUCAUAAGAUGUAUUUCAUCUUUGCUAAUAUCACGAUCAGAUACAUUUAAAAAACCCAUUAUAUUCUCUUCGUCUCCAGGAUCUCGUCUUUGUCGAUCUGGUCUUCUUCUGUUUGUCUUUUCCUUUUAAUUGAAGACCAAUUAGAAUCCCUUCUUUUUUCCAAACUCGUUUUAGAGAUAUCCUGAUCUCCCCUUUUUGUCCUAAAAAUCCCCUAGAAAAAGGUAAUCUCGGAGGUAAAUGGUCUGGACUAAUUCUGCACUUCGUAGUCCUUUUCUUCAGUCCCCGACCUUUUAGCAUUCAUCCAUCUGCAGAACGUUGGUACGGACAUCCAAAUACAGUGGCACAACACUAUUCUUUAUAGUUGCCAUAAUCCCUUCUAUUUUGUUUCUUUUUCUUACUGUUUGUUGUAUAUUUUACACUUUACAUUGUUUCAUAUUUAACCUUUUUUGGGGGUAGUUUUGCCUUAUUUCCUAUAUUGUCUUCUAGUAAAUAAAAUGAAUAAGCAGUAAUAAAAACAAAAAAAGCAUAUCAAUCCUAAUGUACGAGUAUACUCAACAAAAUACUAUGCAUGCCAUAUUUAACUCACUGUAGUCAUACCACUGACUGUACCUCCUUAACCCCUUAAGGGCACAUGACAUGUGCUAUGUCAUGAUUCUCUUUUAUUCCAGAAGUUUGGUCCUUAAGGGGUUAAAGGGACACUAUAAGCACCCAGACCACUUCAUCUCAUUGAAGUUGUCUGGGUGCAGUAUCCCUGUUCCUUUAACCAUGCAAUGUAAAACGUUACCAUUAUUGAGAAACAGCAGUGCUUACAUUGCAGAGUUAAGGCUGCCAUUAGUGAAUGUUUAUCAGACAGCCACGAGAGAUGCUUUCUUCAGUUUCAUAGUGUUUGACUCUGUGAAACGAUGCUGGAUGCCCUUAUGCAUUGCAUGAGGACGUCCAGUAUGUUGAAAAACCCCAAAGGAAAGCAUUGAGUCCUUGCUUUCCUAAGGAGAAGGACUAAAGUGCGCUCACCAUGCAAUGCAUAUUAGCUUCCUGGAUUGCGUUGACGUCGCCAGAUCCAGCACCGAGGCACAUCGAUGCUGGAACCUGAUAAGUAUUUAAAGAUUUUUUUUAACCGUUUACAUGGCUGGGGGAUGCGCAGAACAGAGGGACACUAUAAUGUUAGGAAUACAGCUUUGUAUUCCUAACACUAUCGUGUUCCUUUAAGCUCCUAGAUUAUUUGUGUCAUAUGAAUAUUGGACUGUUCUAAGAACCAACUUUGAUGGUUUAACCCUUGUGAUCCUGUGUUAUCAUAUUGAAAGCUCAGAAACUCUAGUUACUCCACCAAACUUGCUUUCCAAGUAUUUAUAAAUGUAUUUGAUUAAUAGAAAUACAAUGUUAAAAAUAAAUGAGCACUUACUAUGUAUUAUUUUCCAUUUCAGGAUGUUUUGCACAGACAUGCACUUUAUCUUAUUGUCAGCAUGGUGUGUUAUGACGAUGGGCUGGUGGCUGGAAGGAGUUUGUUGGCGUUAAAGACCAAAGAUCCAACUGAGGAUCAAUACAGUCUGUGGGUGUAUCAGUGUAACAAUGUGGUGAGUCUAUUUACAAGCUCUAUAUACCUCAUAUGCUCUUGUUGUGUGUACACAUUUUCUUUAUUAUUUUUUUUGCACUCUGCCAGAGAUUGACAGCCUCCUUUCUCCUUCAAAACCGUAAAGAAAACUUAAAAUGUCAUAGUAUUCCUACAGUCAUUUGACUAUACUUACUGUAUGUGGGCAUUGCACUGAAAUGCAGACUAGUAAUGUCUUCAAGGAUCCUUACAAGUACCUGCAAGAAAGCUAUUUGACCAUUUUUAUUUAUCUAUUUUUAUUACACCUACCAAACAUGAGAAAUAUUUUAUAUUUGCUUUUAUACUAACAUUUCAGGCCCAUUAUGAAAGAUUGCACGAUGAAGGCUACUAUACAUUGUCUAAAGCGUUUCUCCUCCAGUGUUUCUUUUGUUACAAAAUUACAAGAAUAACAUUUACAUUAUUAAUUUUUAGAUUAAUAAUAAAAAUACACCAUUUCUAUAAUUUAUAAUCUUAACUACAAACAUUCCUAAUAACAUUCAUACUGCUACAUACUUCAUUUAUACAGUCGCGGGGGGAGGAGGAUUAUGUCCUAUACCCUAUUCUUUAUUGCUUACUUCCCAUUAUAGUAAUCUUUUUACGGAUAGACAACUCCAUUAGCAAAAGAAGAUGUUUGACAUUUGUCCCAAAAAAAUUAAAAUGGACUCCCUCGAAUGUUCAUUAAGUGAUAUCCUUUCUCCAUUGAGCAGUGAUAGUUGAUGUGAUUUUUUUUUUUUUUAUCUCAUUCCAAAUUCUCACUAGACACAUUUAAUUGUCAACAAAAUAUGAAUCAUUAAAUAAGACAUAGAUUUCUCGCAUUGGAGGUCUAAAUGGAAAAGAAAGAGAUGUGGGGUCAAAGGAAUCUCUUUUUCCCAAAUGUCUAUCAAAAGUCUUCUGAAGUUUGCUUUUAAAGUAUCUAGUCCUGAGCGUUGCAACGAAAUGUAGAAAUGAGAUCCUUUAGCAUUAUUGUAUCUCCAACAUUGGUCGGAAAUCUGUAAUUUUGUAGGAACCAUAUACCACCUAUAUAGUACUUUAUAAUAAAGCUCGAUCAAGUUCACACAAUGUGUAAUUUGUUUAACCCUCUUUAAACUCUGUUUCCAGGAUUGAAUAUCAAAUGAUUUUUUUACGAUCCAGUUCCCAUUUUAUUAUCGUAGAUUAUUUAAUAAGUUUCAGAAAUGCACAGAAACUUGAGUGAGCGAGAUAUUCUCUUCAAAGGGUUGUGAUUAUCUAAAAAGUCAGUAGUGUCGUUAUGUUCAAUAACUUGUUUUGUAUCAAAGUAAUUUUUUUGGUCAAUCUUUGUUUUAUUGAGGCAGAAUGAAGAAGGGGAGACGUACGUUUUUCAUACAGGAUAGGGAUAUGAUAACACAUUUUAACAUCUCCUGUGAGUGACAGCCUCAUUUUAUAUUAAUUAAGCUUUCCAGAAUAUUAAUAACAAGCAUAACUUAAUAAUGAUUAACGUGGCUAGACAAAAGUAGAGUAUGAUAUCAUUAAACGUGAGUAGCUCCUUGGCGAAUCUGCCACUUUAACAGGAGGAUGCUCAGUAUCCAAGCUAGGUAUAACAAAUAUCGCAAGAUGCAAAAGGUUAGGCAUAAGCUUAUACAAAUCGAUUAACACUAUAAGUUGAAGGUUUUGUCAUGCUGAUUAAACCACCUCGCCUCCACCGCACCAUCAAUGCCUCUGGUUAUGCCAGUGGAGGCCAAAAGAGUGUGCAGCCGAGCUGAGCAGGUUAUACAAAAUGUUGGCACCCCGGAUUAUUGGGUGGUAAGUGACUAUAAAGAUUAGUAUGCAGGUUUAAAAAUAGUAGAGGGCAUGUUAGCUAAGUCAUUUAACGUGAAGUGAAAACUUAAACAAUAUGUCCAUGAUAUGUGGGUGUGCAGCUGCUGUCGCCCUCUGAGUAGUUCUCAGGAUAUAAGUGUAGGCCCAUGAUAAUCCGAUUCCUGUAAUCCGCAACUUUGAUGCUUGGCCACCUGUUGUCGAACCGUCCAUGUUUGGUAGUGUGGUGGUGAGUUUUGGGGGGUCCGCCUGGGCAGCGCGAGCAAGUUGAGGCCUCAUCCCAGGUCCAGGCCUUGUAACCGGUCGGCAUCUUCUCCCCACAGACUCGGGAGCUCAAUGAGACCGUGUCUUCUCUUCUUCGGGCGCUAUGGAGGGCCGGCGGCGUGCGGUCUUCGUGCUAUGUGGGCGAUGCUUUGGAGGGAGUCUCGAGUGAGAAAAAAGCCAAUCCAUUAGUUAAAUUAAAUUUUUUCCUUAUGUUUUUAAUAGUGGUCCAUGAUGCUUUAGUAAUUGAAUUCUUUAUAAUUUUUCCUAAGGGACAACAGUUAUUAUUAUUAUUAUAUUAUUUAUAUAGCGCCAGCAAAUUCCGUAGCGCUGUACAAUGGAUGGACUAACAGACACGUAAUUGUAACCAGACAAACGGACGCUCAACUCUCCAGUGUUUUUAUAAAGGUCGAAUGAAUACCUUAAAAUUAAUAUUGUUCAAAUGUUUGCCUGAACAUCAAUUUGUUGCAUAAUUGUGUUUUGACUUAAGAUAUGAAAGAGUAUGGAAAUGGAGAAGAGAGAUGGAUGUAGCAGCAAAGAAUGCCUAGGAAACAUUUUGCAUUAACUUUCCAUAUUAUUCAGAAAAUAUUUCAAUGUACAAUUUCUUCUAAAGGUGUGAAUUAUUCUAUGCAUUCCGCAAAAUUACAAUACCUCAUAAGGAUUAUAUACAACACAUCUUAAUUCAACGUUUCAUAUUUUUAUGCAAUUUUUUUUUAGAAAUGUAAUUUCACAGCAUAUACUUGUAUAGAAAUUGAGUAACAAAUUGUAGUUUUGGUCAUGGUACACCCUUCAAUUAACCCUUUCUUUGAUGUAGGAUCAGGCACAGGCCAUCUGCAAGGUCCUGUCCACGGCAUUUGAUGCAGUGUUAUCUGAGAAAGCAAGAGCUCCUAUGGAAUAGACGUCUCUGUGCAACAAUAUCCUCAGAAGUGCCUUAGCAAAGGGGCGAUCAAACGAUCGCAAGCCGUUUACCUUUAUUGGACCUAACCAUGCAGAAUCUGUUUCCUAAAUCCUGGACUGUUGCUGUGCAUUGAGGACUGGAUUGGGAACAACUGACCAAAUAUAUUGGACACAGAUAGCAUCGGUGGACAAAUACUUCUGUGCAUCCUUGUAUUUCAUUGUGUGUAUAUGUGUAUAUAUCUCUUAUAUGCAUAGUUUUAUCCGUAAAGGAACACUAUAGCGUCAGGAAUACAUAUAUUUGUCACCUAGAGGUGACUAGGGCCCUGUUCCGGGGCGAAUAAAUGGUAAAUCAACCAUUUAUUUGCUUUCCUUAAUCCAGCACCGGGCUCCCUCGGCACUGGUGACCUCUCUGAAAGUGGUAUGUUUUCAGCUGCAGGGUUAAAACUAGGGGGACCUGUCACCCAGACCACUUCAGUGAGCUGAAGUAGACCUUUAAUAAUUGUAGCUGAAAUUAUCACUUCAGCAUUUCUAAUAAUGCCUCUGCACAGGAUUUCUGUAAUAUACAUUUCUAAGUGCUGGUUAGUUGAAAUGGCCAUAGCUGCAUUGUUUUGUUCCUCCAAACCUCUCUUGAUGACAUAAAUUAAGUUAUAUAUUUUUUGUAUUUUGACAGGUACUGUAAAACCAGAUAUUACAAUUUACUAAGCGUUCAUAUAGUUUUAUUGUUUGAACCAAUGAACCUUAUUUUUAAGCACUGUUACUUGAUGCUGAUAUUUUAUUACGUGCAUGUUUCAUAUACUGUGCUAUAGGGGCUUUAGAAUCCUAUAUAAUGUAAUUCUUUUUAUCUAUGAUGCAUUUGGUUCCUCAAUAUUACAUUCUCGUCUAGCUACAGUCAUUGGCUAUUUGAGCCAAGGUCGAUGUCAUCACACUAGUCUGGUCUCUAAAAGGCUUUUCCCCAAUCUAGAAUAAGCUGCUCAUUUUGGGACAUCCUUGUUGUAUGGUGCUGCCAAAAAAGUAGGAUAUUCCUUAUUGAUAGAAAAUCUUUUCGGACCGGAUUGUGAUUGUGUAAAGAAAUAAUAGUUACACCUGUACUGUUAUGAGUCUGAAUACCGGGUUUGGUCAGCCUUAAAGGUACAUUUCUUAACCAGUGUGAACUUGGUGAUUGGCCAGAUCCAAUACCCAUGGUCCUUCACACGGGUAUAAUUACUCGGAAAGAAUUACCACAAUGUCCGAAGCUCAAAUCCUCACAACGUACAAGCAGUAGCAUUAUUUAAUAUAAACAUAUCUGUCCUUAGUGAAGCAUUGGGGGUCAUUUUUUGCCAUAUGUUACCAAUGGUACUUUUUCAAUAUUUAUACUUAUAUAAUUGAUAUAUAUUUAUAAAUGUAAAACGGAAUCAGAUUUCCUUUUACCUCUCAUCAUAUAAUUCUAUGUAUUGCUAAAUUAUUGUAAAU